AUGACAAAUGUGGAAAUAAGGUCGGCUCUUAAAAUAUUGACUCAUGCUAUAACGACUCAAGUCACUAGGGAUGCUAGAGGUCGUGUGAAUCCUAAUGCAAGUACAACCUCUUCAAGAAUUAGGGAUUUCACAAAAAUGAAUCCCCCUACAUUCUAUGGCUCUAAAGUGGAUGAAGACCCACAAGGUUUUAUAGAAGAAGUGUUUAAGGUGGUUGAUGCUUUGGGGGUGUCGUCUCAAGAGAAGGCGGAACUAGCCGUCUACCAAUUAAAAGACAUAGCUCAAGUAUGGUAUGAGCAAUGGAAGGAAGAGAGACCCGGUAAAUUUGAGGUUCAAGGUAAACCAAGGUUUAAGAGAAGGUUCUCCAACAAAGUCUCUUCCAGUGAUCCAAAAGUUAACAAAGAUAGGGUGUCUAUCCCUAAGACACAAGCAGGUAAUGGUGGUGGUUCUUAUGUUGAUAGGCCAAAUUGUGCAAAAUAUGGUAAGAAGCAUGGUGGUAAGUGCCUACUUGGCACGGAUGGUUGCUAUAGUUGUGGGAAGAGCGGUCAUAUAAUGAGAGAUUGUCCCAUGUUAAAGGUUCAAAGGAGAGAGGGCAAGCAAGUCCCUCCAAGUGGCUCAAAUUUCGAUGGUCCCAAGAAGAAUCGCUUAUAUGAUCUUCAAUCCCAAGGUAACCUCCCCGGAUGUGGUAACGGGUAUGUUGCAAGUCUUUUCCAUUGA